AAACACUGGUUGGUUGCAUCUUUUUUUUCUCCCUUUCUUGCUGCUUAUUCUACUCUUUUUUUUUUGUUUUUCAGUGCUUUUUUUCUUUUUCAUUUUUUCUUUUUUGCUCCCUUUAUUCUCUCUCUUUCUUUUUCUUUCUAGCUCACUUCUUUACUAUACACACACACACUCUCUCUAUCUCUCACGUCGACUCUUUCCCUUUUUCUUUUUAUAUACUUGCUCUACUUUCUUGUACUUGUCUUUUGUGUGUGAGACUUGUUCAACGUCAAUUCAAUUGUUUAUUGCAGUUUGCUCAUCUAUAAUUUGCCGUAAUGAAGUUCGGGCAAGAAUUGCAAGAUAAUGUGUAUGAACCAUGGCGGUUCGAAUACGUCGCUUAUGACGCUAUCAAGAAAGAUAUGCGCCAUCGACAGGAAACACAUGGUUGGACAGACCAGGAUGAAAAAGACUUUGAAGCCACCUUACGUCUGGAAGCCGAUAAAGUUGAUCUCUUCAUCACACGUAAACAAAGAGAAAUCGAUUCUCGCAUUGCGUACUGUGAACGCAUCCUCGUCCAACAACGGCCCAACAUGACACAGUCCACUCUCAAAGGUUUAUACGAAUCCAUGGAUGAUGCCCUCACUGAUAUUUUGAUGGAUCUCAAUGAUCUUUCAAAGUUCACACGAUACAACUAUCUCGCCUUUCAGAAAUUGAUCAAAAAGCACGACAAGUAUACGCACAUCGACCGUCAACAACUGUUUGUCGACAUCAUUCGUUCCAAACCUCUCGAUCGUCAACGUUUCGACGUUGCCUUGGUGAAGAUUUCUUCCCUUCACGAUCUGUGUCGUUUGAGUGGUGAAGCUCGCACCGGUAACGCUGCAGCUGGUGCUGAUCAAAAUGCUUUUGAACGAGCCACCGCCAAGUACUGGGUCCAUCCUGAUAACGUUACGGAACUCAAAGCCAUUUUGUUGUUUCACUUGCCCGUUUUGGUCUUUAAUCCCAAUAAACCCAUCGAACCUACCGAUUCCGCCAUUUCCAGCGUGUACAUGGACAAUGCCGAUUUUGAUUUGUACAACGGACGCUUGCAGCGUGAUGAAGCCGCCGAAGCUAUUCGUCUGAGAUGGUACGGUCCAAUGGAUACCCCUCAUGCCUUUGUCGAACGCAAAACCCAUCACGCUCCCUGGCUCAAUGGCGUUUCUGUCAAGGAUCGAUUCCGUCUGGAAGUCGACAAAAUGCAAGAUUACCUCAGUCUCCAAUACACCGCGGAUCAGUAUGCUUCUGAAUUGAGAGCCCAAGGAACGCCCGAAGCUACCAUUGACGCCAACUAUUUCAUCGCUUCCGGAGUUCAGAAAUCCAUUCAAGAAAAACACCUGGAACCGGUCAUGCGUGUCUUCUACAACCGUACGGCUUUCCAGAUCCCCGGUGAUCAGCGAUUGCGCAUUUCUCUCGACACCGAUCUUACCUUUGUCCGUGAGGACGCCGAUCGUCGUCAAGGCACCUGGCGUCGUCCCGACAUGGGCAUCGAUUAUCCUUUCGAUUAUUUACCCGACAGCGACGUGUACCGUUUCCCCUAUGCUGUUUUGGAAACCAAACUGCAAACCCAUCUUGGCCAAGAACCACCGGAAUGGCUUACUCGUCUUCUCGAUUCGCGCCUGGUGUAUGAAGUACCUCGUUUUUCCAAAUACCUUCAAGGUGCCGCUUACUUUUGGCGUCCUCAAUUGCCACUGCUGCCUUGGUGGCUCAGCGAACUUCAGCUCGACAUUCGCAAUGCCAAACAAUCGUCCUUGAACUUUACCGGCUUGUCUCGAUCCAAGAGUUUGAAACCAUUGAUUGAUGGUCGUUAUCGUAUGGGUUAUUUGGAAAAGCAGUUGGAAAAACGGGCAACCUUGCGACGCGCAGACAGCAAGAAAGCGAAUGGUGGUGCCGUUGAACGAUCCAAUUCCACACGUCAGCAACGCCAGCCAUUGACCAGGCCUUCUCAACCUUCCACGUCCACUCCUUCAGGUCAGCCUGGUAACUAUGGUGUCACCCUUUCCGACAAUCCAAAUACCCAACAAGGAAACCCGAAUCCCUUUGAUGAUCCUUUCUGGUCGCAGCAAGAUACAUUGCAAUUCGAUUUGGAUCAUCACUCACAGCAAUCGCAACCCAAUUCGUAUCUGGACCCAGGCAACGGCAUGCGCAAUCGAUCCACCAUUGCUUCCGACCGUCGCUUAACUGAUCACUUUGAUACUUCGUCUACGGAAUAUCUUGUAGGAGGUCGUCAAACCCCGCGAUCAUCGUACAUGCACACUUCUCCCAAUGUCAAACCUUACUCGACCGAUCCUCACCGUGAUUCAUUGUUUGGGGAAGACGUGAUUGCGGCCGAAGCUGGUAUGGCGACAGGGCCUAACAAGAAGAAGGAGAAAAAGGAAAAGAAAGAAAAGGAAGGGGAAGGGGAAGGAGGAGCCGGUGGUGGCAAGAAGAAAAAGGACAAGAAGAAUCCUGAAGAAGCCGGGGCACGUCUCGAACCCAAGAUUUUCUUCGCCAACGAACGUACCUUUAUCAAUUGGUUGCAAUUCGCUGCUUUUAUUUUGACCGCCGCAUUGACCCUACUGAACUUUGGUGACAGAACAAGUCAGAUCGCUGGUGGCACUUUCUUUGCCAUUUCCCUCAUUUUGGCUCUCUAUGCCUUCUUCCGCUACAGAUACCGUGCAUAUCAAAUUUCCAACCGACCUCAUCUGCGUUAUGACGAUUUGUAUGGUCCCAUUGGACUUUGUGUUUUAGUCGUGGGUGCCAUGAUUCUCAACUUUACAUUGAGAAUGAUCAAUCCUUCCCAGACCACCUCCUAUUUGGGUAUCAACAAUAGCACGCGUCAACAGACUUAGACUGUGUCAUUUUUGUUUUCUCAUCUCUCUCUCUCUUAUUAUUCCUUUUUAUUUCUCAUUAUAUCAUGUUUCCCAUCCAUGCCAUCUUUUUUUUUGUUGUUGACUAUAAUUACUGCGUUUUUGACCAUUUUGAUCCUUUUUUUUUUAUCUUGUCAGGUUGCCUUUUUUGGAUUGGAUUCCCACAUUUUCCCUUGUCCCAUGCAUUUUUUUUUUUUUUUUUUUGAUUCACA